AUGUCUUCUUUCACCGAUCUCUACUCCGUGAAGCCCUUCAAAACUCAAUGGAGAGUUUAUGUGAAGAUAUUGAAGGUGUGGAAACAGUACUUGAAUGGUGUCGAGACGUUGGAAAUGGUUGUUGUUGAUGAGAAGAAUCAAACCAUGCAUGUAACUUUGAAAAAGGAGUUCAUCAAGAAAAAUGAAAAUCUCUUUAAGGAAGGUGCUUCUAGAAUUAUCACAAAUUUUCAAGUAGCUCAUAAUGGUGGUAAGUUCAGGACAAGCCCUCACGUUUACAAAAUCCUUUUCGCAUCAACAACAUCUGUCAAACCGGCAGAAGAAAUGGAUCCAAGAAUCCUAGGUUUCAAGUUCGUCAAGUUUUUUGAUAGGCAAAAUGAAGGCAAAAAUGAAUCCAGAUUUCAUGAAGAUGCUAUUGGACAAAUUGUGAGCAUUGGGGAUGUAGAGAUCUUGAAUGUUGGAAAGAGACAGACAAAGAGGCUUUCUAUGGAGAUCCGUGAUACAGAUGUGGCUCAACAUGUCAAUGAUGCUGUGAUCGUUGCUGUUUCGCGUUUUGGAAAGUUAAAACUUUAUCAAUGUGUUUGGAGUGUUGGCAAUUGCUACAACUGUUCGAUGGUCAUUACUGAUCCAGUGUUUCCAGAGAGUUUGGGUUUUAAAGAGAGAUUGCCAAAAGAUGGUUUAACCCUGACCUAUACCCAUCCAAAUCAGUUGAUUAUUGUCAAUUCUAUAUCAGUAAGGGACGAUUUCUUCUUGCAUAGUCCUCGAAGGACUAUUAGCGAGAUUAUUGCUGCUUCUGAGGUUGUCAAAUGUGUUACCAUGGCCAAAAUUAUGUCUAUAGACACUGAGUUUGACUGGUAUUACAUGUCAUGUGGAGCCUGUGCUAAAAAGGUUCUCCCUCAUGAUAUGGAUUACUUAAAAGAACUAUAUCCUGGAAAAACAUCUAAGAAACAAUUAUGGCAGUGCAAAAAAUGCAAUGAGGAUGUUGAGAAUGUUUAUCCAUCGUUCAUGUUGACUUUUCGUGUCAUGGAUAAUACUGGUGAAACCAAAUUCCUCUUAUUUGAUCAAGAGGCAAAGGAAGUUGUCAACCAAACUGCUGCUCAGUUAAUUAACUCAAUUCAGGAUCCAGAUGUCUUGCCCUUGGCUUUGAGCAAUAUUUGUGGUAAAACGUUUCUCUUCAAGAUUGCAAUUGCAAGUUCAAAUAUUGUUUUCAAUAGUGAUACAUACAAGGUCAUCAGUAUAAUUACACAAAGUGAUGUGGUUAAGGAGUUUUCUGAAAUCUCUACUCCUCAGGUGCACACUCCAAGUAUCAAGAUAGAGGAAAAAGCUCACAAUACUCUUGAUGGAAAGGUUCCUCUAAUGAUUAUGGAUGAUGAUGAUGCUGACAUUACACCUACUUCUAAGCGCAAGAGCAAUGAAAGUAUGGAAGUGAUUAAGGAUAUCGAUGAGUAUUCGACUGCAAAGAAGAAGUGUAAGGAUGAAAAAACUGUUGAGACUAAUCCAAGUACUCUGCCCCUUAAGACUGUGAAGACAGAGAAGCCAUGA